AUGUCAGCAUGGAUAUUACUGCUCACUGUGGGUGUUUCUGUCCUGGGACUGUCCUGGGGUCAGCGGACUGAACCCAUGUUUGCUUCAGUAACUCAGAAUGUUUUCCCGCCGGACUAUGAUAAUAACCCCACACAGCUCAACUACGGCGUGGCAGUGACCGACGUGGAUGGAGACGGAGAUCUGGAGAUGUUUGUGACGGGCUACAAUGGCCCAAAUCUGGUGCUGAAAUACGACAAGUUUAAGAAGAGGCUUGUUAACAUCGCGGUUGACAACCGCAGUUCUCCGUAUUAUGCACUGAGAGAUCGACAGGGCAAUGCCAUCGGAGUGACAGCAUGUGACAUAGAUGGUGACGGCAAAGAGGAAAUUUACGUCCUCAACACUAAUAACGCCUUCUCAGGGAGAGCAACGUACACCGACAAGCUCUUUAAGUUUCGUAAUGGGCGGUUCGAGGAUCUCCUGAACGAUGACAUAAAUGAACAUAGAGACGUCGCCAAUCGCGUGGCUGGCCGGUCAGUCGCCUGUGUGGACAGAAAGGGAACAGGCCGCUAUUCCAUCUACAUUGCCAACUAUGCCAGCGGAACUGUAGGUCCACAUGCUCUGAUUGAAAUGGAUGAAAGCUCAAGUGACCCUUCCAAGGGAAUCAUCGCCCUGAUAAACGUGGCUGAGCAGGCCGGAGUCAACAAGUUCACAGGCGGACGGGGGGUCGUGGUCGGUCCCAUCCUCAGUCAGACCCUCCCUGACAUUUUCUGUGACAAUGAGUACAGCCCUAACUUUCUGUUUCGCAACAACGGAGACGGUACGUUUGCAGAUGUGGCGGCACAAGCGGGGGUCGAUGACCCGAUGCAGCAUGGCCGCGGAGUGGCUCUAGCAGAUUUUAAUCGGGAUGGCAAGACUGACAUUGUCUACGGAAACUGGAACGGGCCGCAUCGUCUGUUCCUACAACUCAGCAAUAAUCGCAAGCAAAGGUUUAAGGACAUCGCCACACAGAAGUUUUCCAUGCCAUCUCCUGUUCGCACCGUCAUCGCAGCCGACUUUGAUAAUGACAACGAACUGGAGGUUUUUUUCAACAACAUUGCCUACAGAGGACCUUCAGCCAACAGACUGUUCAGAGUUUCUCGGAGAGAACACGGAGAUCCACAGAUCGAGGAGCUGAACGUCGGGGAGGCCGCCGAACCAGAGGGACGGGGAACCGGAGCAGCCGUGACUGAUUUUGAUGGAGAUGGACAGCUGGAUCUUCUGGUGACGCACGGGGAAAGUGCAGCUCAGCCCAUCUCAGUGUAUCGAGUCACUCAGGGCUCGUCUAAUAAAUGGCUCCGAGUGAUUCCACGCACGCAGUUUGGGGCUUUUGCUCGUGGGGCAAAGGUGAAAGUCUACACCAAGCGAAACGGCCCUCACAUGCGCAUUAUAGACGGAGGAUCAGGGUACUUGUGCGAGAUGGAGCCAGUGGCUCACUUCGGACUCGGGAAAGAUGUGGCCACCAGUGUGGAGGUGUUCUGGCCAGAUGGAUGUUCUGUGGCGAGAGCUCUGGAGCCCAGCGAUAUGAACAAAGUGAUAGAGAUCUAUUACCCUGAGAAUGAGGAAGAGGCGACCCAAGUGGUGAAGAUCGAGUGUGGACCGGGAUUUGAGGUCAAUGAAAAUGGCCGUUGCACUGACCAAGAUGAGUGCACACAGUUUCCGUCUGUCUGUCCCUCUGAGCGACCUGUCUGCACCAACACCUACGGGAGCUUCAAGUGCCGUGCAAACAAGAGGUGUAACCAAGGAUACGAGCCCAAUGACGAAGGGACAGCAUGUGUAGCCCAGGUAGCAUAUUUUGGAGGAAACAGAUCCUCAGCCUCUAAGCUCUUGGCGUCCCAUCUUUGGCCUCUCAUACUAACUCUUCUCGCUGUCUUUACUGCUUGCUUGGGGGCAUGAAGGGCAGUGCCUCUCCCCUCUCCUGACAUCUCCCACCCUGCUUGGUCUCCGAUUCUCCGCUUUCCUUUCUUUUUUCGCACUGAGGUGUUUGGGAGUCAGCUGUAAAACGAACUCUCCAUGGACCUGUCGCUCUUGCAAUGUCGUCACUAACAGACCUGUAGAAAUAACGCUUCGCUUUCCAGUCGGGAACCACAUAAGAUCCCUGUUUUUCAGAUAAAGACAAGUAUUCCCACACAAAGAUCUUCAUGUUCAUCAACCGUGAUGUGGGAUAAGAUUGCGAUUGUAAUGAUCUUAGCGAAAGGCCGUGUCCCAGCGUGUUACGGGCAAUUAUGUGUUCUAGCGCAUUCAGUCUCAAAUCGGCAGCAGCGUGCUAGCAGGUUUUCCAGGAGAGCAUAUGCCGGGCCAUCUGUUUCACGCAAGGUUGCAUUCCUUGUGCUCUGAAUAAUACAUUCACGAGAGUCGUACCAUACACUUUUGACCCUCGCCAGCACUCACGACUGCCCUUAGGAUCGGUGCAUGUUUUUGGCAUGGACGAGUUUCAUUUAGCAAAAUGUUGUUCAGAUUUCUACAUGUGGGAUUUCACAGCGAUCUAGCUGCAGAAACACAGGCCCAGACCACAUUGUGAAGUAAAACUUUCAUUUUUAAUCAUGUUUGAUGUUCUCAGCUUUAAAUACUACAAUAGAAAUAAGCCAAGGUUUCAUUUGCGUGUUGGUAGUCGCUUUGAUAGGAUAUGAUGUCUUUUUAUAAUUUGCUAUGGCCAUAACCAAAAACUUAAUAUUUUUUUUCUUUUAGAUAUUUUCUUUUAAAUAUUUUAACUUCUGUCAGUGGCCAUUGUUCAAAAAAAAACCCCUUAAAAGUAGUCCAUACAUCUGUGCAGUCAAGACAAAUAAUAGUUUUGUGUGAGAAAUAAGCUGAUAUUUUAAAAGAUUGGCUAAUGCAUAUUGUAUAUACUUUGAAAAUGUGUGAAUACAAUGAAAAUUAUUUGGUGUAGGAUUUAUUUGAAUCAAUUGUCCCUAAAAAUUUAACUCAAUUUAAUACAAUUUCAAUUUUGAAGUAGAAAUAUGAACUGUUUUUUUCCUCAUGUGAACCAUUGUAAAUUGAUUUUUUUUUUUUUUUUUUAGGCAAACAUAUUUUUUAUAUAUUUUUUUUUAUUAUUCACACCUUCACUUUAGUUUUAAACUUUUAUGCUGUUAUUUAUUUUAAUAGAACAUAGAAAAGAAUCUUCACAAAGCUUUUUUUCCCCAAAAAACUAAAACCACCCCCCAAAACAAUAAUAUACAUACUUUAAAAGAUCAUAUUGUGUGAAAAACAGACCAAAGUUUAGGUAAUUUUUUUAAUGAAAAUGAUGGUUUCUCACACAAAGCUUGCCUGUGGCUUCUGAAAUCUGGAAAGAUAGCACAUAAUUCAUAAGGACCACUUUUAUUGUGUUUUGUUUAGUUCCUUUUAAAGGAUAAGUAAAUACACAAUGACUAAAUUUUAUUGGUGAGUGAACUAACCUUUUAAGUCAUUAUUCACUGGUAAUGGCUUUGGAUUUUCCCCUUAUUCUAAAGCGGUCGGCUUAGUAAAUGCAUCACUAUGUAUUGUAGAUGUUUCUUUUUUUUCAUUCAUUUUUAUAAAUUGAUUUAAUUUAGCAUUUUCAACCUUAGUUAUUGGGAUUGCUAUGCAGAAUAUUCACCCAGGGUUAAUGAACCGUCUGCGGCUCAAUGAAAAAGGCAUUUUAAAAUGCAGUACGAGCUCUGUUUGCUUUGGAUGUAAAUAUCAUUUCCUACAGAACGUCGUUGACUGGAAUGAGACCGCUUAUACGGGAUCACCGAUUUGCCGCAGAGCUCAGAAUCCACAUUCGCUGCAUUUUUUAAAACAUCGUGUAUUGUCAUAACUGGACUCGAUGCUUUCGAACAGUCGCACCAGUUAAAUUUGACAUGAAUUCACCGGUCUUUGAUGGAGGUGUUAAAUAGCUUCUGAACUGACUCACGAUGUGUGCGUUGGCUGAAGACCCCUCAGUCUCCAGGGGCGAAUAUAGAUUCUCUUUAUUUUAUUACGCCGUUCUAAUUUUCCAUGUCAUGACUCAGACGAAACAUGUGCCGACUGCUUCGGGAAAAACGUCAGAUCUCACAAAAGCUGACAGAUGCCACCUAUAAUUAUUAUUUAAAUGAUACAUGUAGUUAGAAAGCAGAUUAAAUCAAGCUUACCUCAGUGUCAUGGUUACAAGCAAAGGCACGGUGUGGAAUCUCAAUAAAUGCAUGUCGUGGUGAAGGGAUACGUGAAAAUACGAGCUGUCUUUGUAAUGUCUGCCAAAGCGAUUCUGUUGGAAAUUCCAGCAUGAGUUUCUAUGCUAGUCUAGAGCGGUUCGAGCCGCUUAACCAGUAAAAAGAUUGGUUAAGCUGGUUAAGAAGCUUGGUGGGCUGCAGACCGGCAUGCAAAACAUAACAUGCACUGGUGUUUUCAACAGGGAUGAAUACAGAAGUGUUGAACGAUUAAUCAGAUUAUAUGAUAAGCUGCUGCCAAUGAAGAUGUAAUUUCCACUUUUAUGUCGAAAUCAUUUAUAUGGAAAAAGUAACUAUAGUUUCAGUGAAAAGAUGGCAAUGUUUACUUGAUCCCGUCUUUUGGUUUUCGAAUGAAUAGUUGCUCAUUUUCUUUGCAGAAUUCACUAUAGUUUGGGAUCCAUGUGUAAAAUAAAGUCAAGUCUUUUUCUGUUUU